CAAAAUAAAGUAUGAAAUUAUAUUUUUUGAAGCUUAGAUACUCUUUGAAUGGAUUUUUUUUCUAAUAACUAUAUAUAUAUAUAAAUGAUAAUAAAGAAAUAGACAUUUGAAAGAGAGAUAAUGGGAGGUAUGAGCCGUUGGUUAGAUGUUGAAGCAGCUACGGACGAUAUAGAUAUUAAUACUUUACCUUCUAAUUUGACUCUCACUGAUUUACAAAACGAUAAUGAAUUUAAACUUCUUAUUGGUGACUUAGGAAGAGGUGAUGAAGGUCCGAGAUUAAAGAUAUUUAAAGGUGCCAUGCAGCUAUCUGAUAUUGCCCUACCAGAUUUACCACUAGGGGUGGAAAAUAUCUACUCCAGUGACUCCACACCAAGAACAUUACCCCUAAUAGCUGUUGCAUUUUCUUCUUGUAUUUACAUUUAUAGAAACUUAAAGUUAUUCUACAAGUAUUAUCUGCCUACUAUGGAGCUAAAUUCUAGUGAAAUGGAGAUCUGGAAACAGCUUACAGAUCCGGCAAACCAUAAGGAGGAGAAAGUGUACACACUUAUAGACAAUCUGCACAACAUGCCACAUAAAAUUCUAAGUUCUCAAUCAAGACAUUUCCUGGAACUGACCUUAGAGCAGCAACUUGAAUUUUUGGAUAAUGCAGAAUUACCAAAGAAAACCCUCUCGGAAAUAUCUUGCAUGACUACUUUGAAAAUGUGCUCAGUUGACAAGUAUGCAAUGAGCUGUCUUGUUGUGGGUACAGAAGAUGGGGAAUUAAUUGUGCUCGAUCCACAGACCUUUACACAAAUUCAUUUGGCAAAGUUAUGCACAGUCAAGAAAACUCCGUAUCAGAUAGUAGCAACAGGCCUGUAUAAUGUUGACUACCGAAUAACGGUAGCUACGAGAGAAAAAUCGGUCUGUUUAUUGAAAAGAGAGUGGAAAGAGGGUCGUAUCUUGUUCAAUACGGAUGACAACAUCGUCACCAUAGAAGUGAUGACGUCAGAUAACAGCGUGAUGGUCAUAUCCACCGAUGGCACCUUGGCAUGCUACAGCAGAAAGGGUAAAAAAGUAUGGUCCAUAUCGCUGGAACAUCGUCCAGUAGCGAUGACUCUUUUACCGUUAAUGCAUUUGGGUGUGACUUUGACGGCCGUAGCGUUGAACUCUGGGCACGUUCAUCUGUACGAGGGGAAGGCUCGGAGGGAUACCAUAUUUAUAAGAGAUGUAGUAUCGGUGAUGAAGUUUGGACAACUUGGUCAAGAGGAACAUGUUUUCACCAUCGUAACUGCAAAUGGCAACUUAAUGUUGAAAAUCCUUAAACGAACCGCGGACUUCAACACUCACGCAGCCGGAAUCGAACCGUCUAUUAGUGUGACCGUUGGACAGAAGCCAUGGCUCAUACCAAAAAAGUCGAAGCUGUUUCUAGAACAGUCUAUGAGGGAACGGGAGAAUGCUAUACCGAUGCAUAUAAACUUUCAACACGAGCUCAACAGACUAAGGCUGUUAUCAGCAAAGACUCUUUUGGAAGCUCACACAAAGUCUGAAAAUUCUAUUGGAGCCGGAAAUAUGGAGCCGAUACGAUUGUCAGCUGAGGUUGAAGGGCUGGGUCCGGUUUUCCGCGUGACAUUAAUAGUGGAGAACACGUCGACAGAUAAGGCUGUAUUAGGGCUCUCCAUAUUGUUUCUCGUGCAUUCCACAGUUUAUAAAGUCUAUAACCCUUAUAUCAAGGUUCCUCUUAUAUCGCCGGGCAACCAACUCAAGUUUCCCGCAAAGGUCGAGGAGAUAUUCGGCGAAAAUUUAAACCCCGAUAAUUUUUUCCGCAACGUCACCGGACAAGCAGGCGAGGGGUCGCUCAUAAAAAUACUUCUUUUGAAGGACGGGAAAUCUAACCCCGUACUGGCAGCAACGGUAACGAUGCCCCCCACAGACCCCAUGAUGAUACCAUACGACAAAAUACAAGCCUCGAGCGAUUUUAAACAAGAUGACGAUAGUACAAUGUAAUAUGUCAUUGCGAUGCGUUGAGGACAUUGUGAUUAGGUUCGAUAAAGAAGUAAUUACAUCGCUGCAUUAGCAAGAUAAAACACUGAUUGACGUAUAUAAAUAUAAUUCCUAAUUGAAAUAU